AUGGUGGAUGAUGCUCACGAGAAGUACGACGAAAAGGAACUUUGGAGCGCUUUGAUUAAGGCUGCUCCGUCGUGGUUACCAAACAAUAACGCGACCCAAACGCCUAACACGCGCACCGUGCUUUACGCCUUCUUUUGCAGCAGCAUGUCGAGCUCUGGACCUCGUGCUUCAUGGGACACAGCAAAAGACGCGUUCCUGAUAGAUGCGAUGACGGAUCAAGCGCGAACAGGCAAACGCUCCGACUCAGGUUUUAAGAAGGAGGCGUGGGCAGCGGUUACCAAGGAUAUCAAUGAAAAAUUCGACCUUCAGCUGACCAAGCAGCAGAUUAAGAGCCGCCUGCAAACGGCAUGGAUGUGA